CCUGGAAGGACGUGUUUGCGAUGGCUCAAUCUGCCAAAGCCUUGUCGGUACCGAAAGGAAGCUUUGUGUUUCAACAGAACGAUCACGUGAAGGGGCUUUAUUUCCUCCGCCUCGGUCUAGUCAGCAUCGUGCAAUACAAGACUUUGAAAGAAACAUCUUUGCGCUUUCCUGGAAGAGACGACUUGUUCAUGGAAGAAGCGCUUGAGUUCCAAGUGCGGGGAGUUCAGAAGAAGAUACUGUUGGGAAGGAGCGGGGAUGAGUCGGUCUUUGGCGAGGAGCUGGUGAACGGGAAGCACAGCAAGCAUAGCUUUAGCUUAGAGGUUGACAAUUACGCAGUUCUCAUCUGCAUACCUUGGGAGGCGAUACUGAAAGUGCUGGAAGAGAAGAAGAAAUUGUUUCAAGCAUUUACAGAGACGCUCCUCAAGAACCUCUCAAAGAGGAGCGCGUGGAUCGAGCUGAGGAUGAGCAUGGUGCAAAUCGAUCGCUUCCAUGUCGAGAUAGGAAAGUUCCGUCACCUCGACAACGCGGCAUUUGAGGAUGCUGCUGCAAGGCUGCAGGAGCUCAUGAACGUUUACCACGAGGUCAUCGGGAUCCCAAACCUGAAAGAAAAGCGACCGACACAACAUUUCGAUGUUCGCAAGGCAGAAACCUGCCUCCGCAAGAUCAACAUCGCAAUCUCCUCCAUCAUCAAGUCGUGCAGGACACCCGAGCAGCAGAACGAAGUGAGGAGAAUUUACAGCAGCAUGGCUGAAGAGUUGAAGGGAGUUGUGACGGGGAUCAGGAGAGAGUUCCUUCAAGAGGUUGGGGAGAAACUCGGAAUGCAACUUUGAAAGUUUU